AUGGCUGCUCCACGCCAGUCGCCCGCUCUCACACCGAUCGAACUGUCCUUCCCGCUGCCCAAGUCCUCGCAUACGAACCUGCAUAUACACUUGACCUGUCUCGCUACAUCGACACUCAUCUUCCUGACGACGACCGCGCUCGGCGACUCAAACGUUGCUAGACCCAUGGGUAGCUUUGUCUACGCCAUGCCCGAUAACUCAAACCAAAAAUCUACAAUCUGCUCAACGCUCUAUUCAUCUCCCGCGAGCAUAGACUAUGCAACGCGCACGGCCCGGAUCCUGGCUCGUCGAAUGAAUAUUCCCGUCUAUGUUGGCUGCAGCGCCGAUUUCUCUGGGAUGAUGGUCGAGGAGGAGACCGAAGGCCUGGCCAAGGUGGUCAAUACCAUCAUGGCAGAGUGGGAGAAGUAA